AGCAUUUAAUUUGACAGAAUGUGAGAAAAUUGUGAAAAUAAGAGAAAAUGUCAUUCAUGAGCCUUCAAAAUGGCGGAAACGAAAGAUGAGUCGGCGUCUGAAAAUAUUUUAGCCAACAAAGUUGCUAUAAAUGAACGGGAUUUUGAGCCUUUACCUGAACAAGAAGUUGAUGAUGAGGCUACAAUUGAUGAAGAAGAAACCUUAGAAGCAGGAGAAGGAUUUAAUCAAAAUGAAAUUAAUGAUCUGCAAAAGGAUGCAGAAGUUCCUAUUGAAGAUCUUCUUGCUCUUUAUUACACUCCUACUGAUGAAGAAAGUGAUAAUGUUAAAUUGGAAGAUAUUCAACCAGAACCAUUGAUUCAUUAUGAUAAUGAUGAUUGUGACGAUGAUGAUGAGGAAGAAGAUGAUGAUGAUGGUGAUGAUGAUUUAAAACAUAAUGGAAAUUCUUCUCAAGUUGAUAUUCCUCAAGAUAUAGCACAGUCCCCACAUUCUUCAACUUUACCUAACUGUAAUGUAAAUCCUCUAGAAAAUCAAAGAAUAACAAGAGGAUUGGCUGCUGCCUACCAAUAUUUUCCUGAUUCUGACUCCUCAUCUUCCGAUGAAGAUUAUUCACCUGCUGAAGACUGGAAAAAAGAAAUUCACGUUGGUCCUGAACAUCAAGCUAUUGUUCCUGAGACAACUUGCCCUCAUAAAAAUGAAAAAGAUGACAAAUACAACAGUAAAUGUUUAUGGAGCCCUAAAGGAAUAUCCCAACACAAAUUACAAAAAUAUAUGGAUACAGUUUGUGGGUCUGGUUGGGAUGGUGGUACUACUGCUAUUAGUAAAGGUGAUGACGAACAGGCACUAUAUGUACUUUUACAGUGCAAUUACGAUUGUGACGAAGCUUUGAAGAAAUUUAAAUCACAAACACCUCCCGCUCAAGCAAUGACAUUCUGGUCUGAAGAAGAGUGUCGUAAUUUUGAACUGGGAUUAAGACAGUUUGGGAAAGAUUUUAUCUCCAUUCAACAAUCUAAGAUACCUGGUCGAACAGUUGGAGAUAUUGUACAGUUUUAUUAUUUGUGGAAAAAGACAGAAAGACACGAUGCAUUUUCUUGUCAGCUACGAAGCAAAAAGAAAUAUGCGUUUUAUCCAGGAAUUACUGACUAUAUGGAUCGAUUUUUUGAUGAAAAUGAAUGUGCUGCAUCCAGUUGUACAGCCAGUCCAGAUCGUCUCCAGAUUUCACAAUCAAUCAAUGAGGAAAGCGUAAAGAGAUCACAUGAUGAUGACAAUUCUUCGCAGUCUUCAUCUCAAAUACAUCCUCAAUACGUACAAACCCCAGUGAUUGUCAGCCAAGAACCUCCUGCAAAAAAGCCCAAUCUCACUCAACCACUCGGUAUUCAAAAUGGUCCUCCACCUUUGAAAUCACGUGAUUCGUUACAAGUUCCUCACGUAGUAAGCCACGUGACACAUAGUGUUGUCAUGACAGCGAAUUAUAUGACCAGCCCGGUUACAAAUCAUGUUUUACACGCAUCAAACCUUUCCAACUCAGCUGGAGGUCUUCAUUAUUCUCUGUUAGAUGGUCAACAUGUUAAUGCCAUGCAGUCUAUUGAGUCUGGCAAUAACUAUCCACGUCUUACUCAAAACAGCUGAAUUUCAAUGUUUUUAUUGCUUGACCACUUUGGCUGGUUCAAAGAAUUAAUCAUGGCUGGCACAUGACUAUAGAUGCAGCAAAGAUUUAGUGUAUGUUCUUAAGAUGAAAGCUGGUUGAAUAUAUAGAUAUUCAUCUUUUGGCAUUUGAUGAUAAUCGUUUUAUGUAAACAGAUGUAUUGAUUUGUAAAGAAUUUUACUUUGGUCGACAAAGUUUCUUUUCGUCUUGACGUAGACCGACAACACGUUAUAGUCACGUGAUUACUUUUGGAACAAAGUGAACCUAAUGGAAGAAAGUGCUACUUAAACCGUCUGCUUUUUUAAACAUUGAAUAACGAUCUUUUGAUUUAAAAAUGUUCCUUCAAAUCACUGCACAUCUGCAAGUGGUUUUACAGGAUUUUCAAUGUUUUGCAUUAACGUUGAUGUGAAGAGUUAUAGAUUGUGUAUAUAUAAAACAUAACAUAGAUUUGUCAUUUUUUGACACACUUUUUGGGGUUCCUUACACGGUUUUUUUUGUAAAUUAUCGCAUUGAGUAAUACCAAUGAAUCUCGUUGGUCUAUCUAGUCGUGAAUAUUUCCAUGAAAUUGAAAAUUAUUUUUCUUUUUAGUAUUGGAUUGCAGUGAAAAUGGAAUAAAAUUUUCAUAAAACUGUCA